GGCCCUGGGGACGAAGUUGCAGUUUCACUCAGGUUUGCUUACGGUUAGCUUGCAUAUGGUCCUGUCCAACAAAUAAAAGCUAACCGCAAGCAAAUAUGCGGUAGGUGAAACUAACCGCAAGCAAACAGUGCAUUCGGCAUUCGGCGUUGGCAUGGAGAGGCCGCGAUCUUUUGGUCAGCUCCCAGCUCCAGUAGUCCCAGUCUCUCAGGACCCACUUAGAAAAGAGGUACCAUAGCAAUAAGUUCUGUUCCACAUUGUUGUCUUGGCGGGGUCGUCUUGGCGAAUGUGGUAUCAAAGGCGAAGCAUGUUGCUAUCAAGUAUUGGUGAAAACUGCAUAUAACCAACUAGCAGUAUAAAUCGUACAUAAGAUAAGUGCGUUCGACUUAAAUAACCUUUAUAUGCAAUGGCUAGUGAACCCAUUUUGUGAAUGUAAACUGGACGGUUAUAAAUCGUAAAAAUGCCUGCAGCUACCAAAAAGGCGGGUAAAAAAAAGAAGAGUGGCAAGAAGAGCGCCAAAAAGGGUCUGAAAGGACUGCAGAGUAUUGCAGAAGUGCUUAAGUCAGUUAGGCACCAGUAUGAACUGAAAAGCAGCGAGUUCAACAGUUAUGUGCACCCAGAUGUGAAGAAACUCAUAAACCAGUAUGCUGAAAACAACACGCUUUUGACAAAGUUCAUAUUAAUGCCAGGUCCAGCUGAGGAAUUGCCAGUUAAAGUCCCACCACUUGUGGCAGCAAUAAGGAGUAAUCGAUAUGUACAUGUUAAAGAGCUUUACAUUUGGGACAUACCCAUGAAACAUGAGGAUAUGGCUACACUGGCAUUGCUUUUGGAGCAGUCUAUUUAUCCCAUUCAAUACCUGGAACUGAUGGAAUGUAGUAUUAACAGCUAUGGAGUGGACAGGCUAGCAAGGUCAAUGUGUAUGAGCAAUCUGACAGCACUGUUGCUGGAUUAUAACAAGUUUGGUGACUCUGGUUGCAGUGGUCUUUGUAGAGGCCUUUAUGGUAACAGAACUCUGUUACGUCUCAGCCUUUGUUAUUGUGAUCUUGGCCCUCCCAGUGGAGAGAUUCUUGGAAAAACAGUUUCAAACACUGUCCUAAGUGACAUUUAUCUUGAUGGCAACUUCUUGGAGUGUGAAGGAGUGAUUGAACUCAUCAAGCUCUUUGCUGACUCAGCGGAAAUGGAAGCUAUUGAACGUGCUGAAAGAAAGGAGGCAGAGAACAUUGAAACAAACACGUUAGCUGUACCGGGUGUACCAUCUGCUAUGUCGUCAGUAUCAAGGCCAACAUCUUCUGUUUCCAUUAAAAGUAAACCUGGAAGUGCAAGGUCUCGCAUAUCUUCCACUGGGAAAAAAGGGAAAAAAGGAAAAAAGAAAAAAAGUGCAAAGAGAAAAAAGGAGCCACCCCCCCCACCAGCAGUUGGUCCAUGGAUUCAGAAACUCCACUUGUUAAACAAUGGUAUUGAUGCACAUGGACCAGGCUCAACUCUUGGACCUGUUAUGUGUAUGAAAAUGUUAAGAAAAUUAAUUGCACAUUCAGAGUGCUUACAGGAACUAGAUCUAGACGAUAAUCUCAUUGGUGACUUGGGAGGAAGAGAGAUCCUUGAGGCACUUAUGGACAGAAAAGAAGCUGGCUUGCAUGCUGUUAAAAUCAAUGUCACUCACCGAAUGAACUCAACAACAUUUGCUGCCAUCAACAAGCUUGGAUCAGGUCUCAAGAAAAAAGGGAAAAAAAAGAAAGGAAAGCCUGGCAAGAAACGAAUUUAGAUGGGGGAAAACAUGUAGUUCAUCUGGCCAGUUGCUCACUAAAGAAUGUUAGCCAACUUGGGAAUGAAGCUGGUUUGAUGCUCAGUCAAGUUUCAGCACAAUUCCAAUCAAACACAAGAACAGUUCAUACAUUUGCGUCUGGACGAUCGCUCUCAAGUAGUGUGGUGUACAGGACAUACUUGACUUGAACCAUGACGCGACAGAAACCUCGAGCUCAUAAUUUAAUUGUUAAAUAAAGUCGGGGGUUAUCCAGAAAGUUUGCCAACGACAGCUCCAGUGUUCUUGAGUUUUGCUUUUGCUUUUUUGUUUUAGUUUUAAAACAUUAAAUCUUUCCUCAGCAACUGUAA